AUGUUGAGAGCAACCAGAGGUUCUUUGAGAGCGAACGUAGGAUCGCUAUUGCGUCGCAGUUACUCAACUCACAAGGAAUUGAAGUUUGGAGUUGAAGGCAGAGCAGCCUUGUUGAAAGGUGUGGAAACUUUGGCCGAUGCCGUGUCAGCAACACUUGGUCCAAAGGGUAGAAACGUUUUGAUUGAGCAACCAUUCGGUGCCCCAAAAAUCACCAAGGAUGGUGUGACUGUCGCUCGUUCUAUUGUGUUGGAAGACAAGUUUGAAAACAUGGGUGCCAAGCUAUUGCAAGAAGUGGCUUCAAAGACCAACGAAGCUGCUGGUGACGGUACCACUUCUGCUACCGUGUUGGGACGUGCCAUUUUCACGGAAUCCGUGAAGAAUGUAGCCGCUGGUUGCAACCCAAUGGACUUGAGAAGGGGUACUCAAGCUGCCGUGGAAAAAGUGAUCGAGUUUUUGAAGGAAAACAAGAAGGAGAUCACCACUUCUGCUGAGAUCGCUCAAGUUGCCACUAUCUCUGCCAACGGUGAUGCUCAUGUCGGUAAGCUUUUAGCUUCUGCCAUGGAAAAGGUUGGUAAGGAAGGUGUCAUUACUAUCAAGGAGGGCAGAACUCUAGAGGACGAGCUAGAAGUUACUGAGGGUAUGAGAUUUGACCGUGGUUUCAUCUCUCCAUACUUUAUCACCGACGCCAAGUCUGGCAAGGUCGAGUUCGAGAAACCUCUCUUGCUAUUGAGUGAAAAGAAGAUCUCCUCAAUCCAAGACAUUUUGCCUGCUUUGGAGAUUUCCAACCAAACUAGAAGACCAUUGGUGAUCAUCGCCGAAGAUAUUGAUGGUGAAGCCCUAGCAGCCUGUAUUUUGAACAAGUUGAGAGGCCAAGUCAAGGUCUGUGCCGUCAAGGCCCCUGGCUUUGGUGACAACAGAAAGAACACCUUGGGUGACAUUGCUAUCCUAUCCGGUGGUACUGUCUUCACCGAGGAACUGGACCUAAAGCCAGAGAACUGCACUUUGGAACACUUGGGUUCCUGUGAUGCUGUUACAAUUACUAAGGAAGAUACCGUUGUUCUAAACGGUAACGGUAGCAAGGAAAACAUCCAAACCAGAAUUGAACAAAUCAAGAACUCUAUUGACCAAACCACAACCAACUCCUACGAAAAGGAAAAGCUGCAAGAGCGUUUGGCCAAGUUGUCAGGUGGUGUGGCCGUUGUGAGAGUUGGUGGCUCUUCUGAAGUCGAAGUAGGCGAAAAGAAGGACCGUUACGACGAUGCUUUGAAUGCCACCAGAGCCGCCGUUGAAGAAGGUAUCUUGCCAGGUGGUGGUACCGCCUUGUUGAAGGCUUCCAAGGUCCUAGACGAAGUCGUCACUGAGAAUUUCGACCAGAAGCUCGGUGUGGAGAUCAUUAGAAAGGCCAUCACUAGACCAGCCCGCAAGAUCAUCGAAAACGCAGGUGAAGAAGGGUCCGUUAUCGUGGGUAAGAUCAUCGACGAGUUCGGCUCCGAUUUCAGCAAGGGUUACAACGCUGCCAAGGGUGAGUACACAGACAUGUUGGCCGAGGGUAUCAUUGACCCAUUCAAGGUCGUGAGAUCCGGAUUGGUUGACGCAUCUGGUGUUGCAUCCUUGUUGGCUACCACCGAGGUUGCCAUUGUUGACGCUCCUCAACCUCCAAGCGCUGCUGGCGGUCCACCAGCAGGUAUGCCAGGUAUGCCAGGUAUGAUGUGA